AACGUCUAAUGGUUCGUGUCUGGAAGGAAAAGGUCUAUCUCUGAUCAGAUUUCGGGUAUCCUAAGGGCGCACUUAACUAAUGGGAUCCUAUCGAUGUUUCCCCCCCCUGCAAAGCCUGAUCUUUACACGGCGGAAUGUUAAUGUUGCCACAGCCUGUCCGUGUUGUCUUUGGCUGCUUUGAGUCUGGCUUUAUUGUUGUAGUCGCUCUAUAAUGUCAUGGAGCUUGACGGAUAUGAUUAAAAACAUACCGCAGUAAAACAAUACUUCUGUGACUGACUGGACAAUGGAAGUGGUCGGGUUUGCUCUGCACAUGUGUGAGGAGAAGUGUGUGUCCCAUGUUGCAUUAGUGUCUGUGUGAAAUGCUGGCCUGUCUGCCAGGGCCAGGUGACCUCCCCCUCCAGCUUCUCCCCCACACGCAGAUGAACACUGGACUUCAGAAAUGGGACACCACACAAAGGAUGAGAUCCGCUCCGUUUCCAACCCCUGCAGAAUUGGAUGCUUAUGCUAAGAAGGUUGCCAACAACCCCCUCACCAUCAAGAUCUUCCCCAACAGUGUCAAGGUCCCCCAGCGAAACCACGUGCGCCGUACAGUAAACGGGCUGGAUACAUCAGGCCAGCGCUACAGCCCUUACCCUUCCUCUCAGGCCAGUGCCAAGACAGGCCUCCUCGCCAUCGUCAAGGUGCCCACAGUCAAAGGCAUCCUCAAAGAUUUUGCUGGCAGCCGGGCUCGCUUGCACCCUGAAGUCAUCAUGAACCCUCCCACCGGACCUUACCAAGUGGCUUCAACUAGCACUUUAAACCACCACCACCCACCUCUGCUGAACCUUCCCCGACCCCAGCAGAGCUUACCCCUUCAACCACAGGACCCGCCUCAGACUCUACAGAUGCCCCUCCCUCAGCAGCAGGGUCACACCCAGAGCCUCAGACACCCUCCCCCAAUGGCCCAGCACCCUCAGGGCCCAUCCAGACUCCAGACUCUGUCUCAGCACCCAGCCCUUGGCCACCCACAGGGGCCCCCUACUGUCAUGCUUCAGCAGCAGCACCUUCAGCAGCAGCCGCCACCUGGCCUGCAGGGGAGCAGAAAGCUGCCAGAUGGCGACGCACCGCCUAACGUUACCGUCUCUACCUCAACCAUUCCACUCUCCAUGGCCACCGGGCUACACCAGGGCUGCCAGGCUGACCUGAGCACCAUCGUGCAUCAGAUCAACCAGUUCUGCCAAGCUCGGGCCCAAGGUGCAGGAGCCACCUCCAUGUGCGAGGGCCAGAUCGCCAACCCCAGCCCCAUCAGUCGCAACCUGCUUAUCAGCGCCUGCUCCAGGGUGUCCAUGCACAGCAACCCUGCCACCCCUGGGUUCCCCCCACCCAACUGCAUUAUUGGCCCUCAAGAGAAAGCAACUGCCCCAGUGGGAGCUCAUCCUCCACACAGCGUGGCUGCUAUGAACCACUUGCCUUCCAACCACACUGAUCUCAAGCAGCAGCACCACCUCCAGCAGCACCUGCAUCCCCAACAGAAUCCGCAGCAACAACAGCUACAACAUAAUUCACAGCAGCAGAAGAUGCGCUCUUGGAAUCAGCACCAGUUGACCCAUGUACCCCACAUUCAGAACGGUGGGACCCACCUCUGUAAGCAGCCUUCCAGGGACCCCGCCUUCCAUUUUAAGGGCAUGGGCUACCCUGCAGAGGUGUGUGUGGGUCAGCCUUACACACUGAAACCUCCCGUAGAGAGGCCCACCCCCUCUCCCCCUGUCAACAACGGCAUGCCCGGUCCCAUGGCCCACUACACUAAUGGUCACUACUUCCAGUCCCACAUUUGGAACAGCAGUAUCCUACCCACACCCAACAGUGACAGCUCCGGGUCUCAGGACGUAGCCAUGCCAUUCCAUGGUGCGGGCCCAGGGGGGUGCACCACGCUAGACUGUGGGCCCCCUGGGGCUCCCCAUUACAGGCUAGGAACGAGCUCCUCCACCUCCUCCUCCUCCGCCCAGACUAAUCUGAUGCAAACAGCAGAUUACUUGGGUGGGGACUUCCAGACGCCCUACUUCCGCGAUCAGAAUCUAGGGUUGAUGGGCAAGAUGCACAGGCCUCCUCUGAGCAGGGUAGGUCCGGAGGUUGGGGAUGGCAGAACCGCUCUCAUCCAGCACCCAGGGUACAGAUAAGCUAUGGCCUUGUCUACACAACAUUUAUCAAAACCCCUUUGUUUAGUCUUAAGAAAGGAAACACAUAAAACUAAAUUGAUAACUUAAACAAAUGACCGCUAAUCUUAAAGAGGGCAAAUUAAUAUAUUUAAUGAAGAACAGUAGUUUUUUGGUUCUUUUUUAAUUAAUCUUGCAAGUGAUCAAUUGCUACUUUUUUUUUUUUUGUUAAUGAGUGCUUUUAUGUGGCACUUUAGGGAACUUUUUCACGUGUGUGUACACGUCUGUACUGUGUGUCAUUCCCUGUUUCUUCCUCUAUCAUACUUGUCUAUCUGUGUGCCUGGAUCUUCACAGAUCCUGUGUUAUUUCUACUUCAGACCUGUCGGUAAAGUUUUCUUAUGCAUGUAAGAAAGAAGAAAAACAGAUAUAUCCGUCACUGAAAAACAGUAACAUCUAUCGGUGGAUGUUUUUUUACAGGGUCAUGUCAGGAAACUUCGGCUCUGACUAGUUUUAUUAGACAGGUUACUCAUUUUCAUUUUGGUGUUUAAGCUCAAACCUCACAGUAACUUUAAGAUUAAACACAAUCAUAACCAUUUUCUUCUUGAGGACAGAAGAAAGAGUAAUGGUCUUGUUUCAGUGUAAAGCCAUCAGACACUGGACUACUAAGUACAGCUGGAAAAACUUGCAGUAUGCACAUGUACACAGAGGUUUUAUUCUUUUUAAAUGUAAUUAUUUAUUUGUAUAGUAGGAAUAUUCAAGCUUGAUUCCUCUCUGUCACUUAAGGACGCAUGUAAUCAGGUUGUUUGUACAUAGUAAGGAUCCAGCAGGGAGCAAAUAUGUUAAUAAGGUGAUGCUCUGUUCUGCUUAAAAUGCUGCAAUGAAUUCAGGUGUUUAAAAAACUUUUUUGCCGAUGCCAGGAAGGUUUGGCAACAAGAUUGUGAAAAGUUUAGUGCAGAAAAGUCCUGAAAGAUAAACUCUUAUACCUUAAAAUGGCCAAAGUCAGGUUAACAAGGACACACUGUUAUGAAGAUGUGCCAUUUUAUUUUUGUUUCCUUUUCAGAUUGUUUUUUUUUUUUUUUUUUUUUUUUUAACCAU